ACCAAGCAAGCAGUGUGGCCAGUGCAACGUGGCAGGUCGGCUCGCACGUGCCGAGGCGCUGCAGAUGUGCGGCGCCUGACGUCGCCGACUGGCGCCGGCUGCCAUCCAGCGAGAGUGUAACCUACUGCCAUUCAGCGCCACAGGCUCCAGUGUGAUGUCUCGAGUGGUGUGUGCUGUGGCGCUGGUGCUGGCGGUGCAGCUGGCUGACGCGCAGUCCAACUACGACAGCCAGGCCAACAAUGUGGAGUACAUCGGCAACGGGCUGCCGCCCUCCGCCACGCUGGACGGAAAGGUGACGAAGCUGGACGAUCUUUCUCCAGAGAUAACGCUGAAUCGGACUAAGGGUACGCUGUACUGCGGGUCGGGCUCCAUGGAUAUCACCCUCAAGUUCAAGGAGCCCUUCUUCGGCAUUGCGUACGCUGACUUCGACAGGAAUAGCGCAUGUCAAGUGGCCGGCAAGGGCGCGACCACGUACCGUCUCGAGCUGCCGCUCAAGGGCUGCGGAACUAUACAGGAACCGCAGCGAGUGUUCACGAACAACAUCGUGGUGCGCUUCCACCCGGGGCUGGAGAUGGAUGGCGACGAGAUCAUCACAAUCGUGUGCCGCUACCCGCCGCCCGUGGCACCGCCGCCUGCCGCUUUGCCGGCUCCCAUCUUGUCACCGACGACGCCGGCGGCGGUGGAGCCGCCGCUUAGCGGCUUCCAGAUCUUGCUCAUCAUCUGCGCCAUCCUCUUCCUGUCGCUGUUGCUGCUCGGCCUGGGCUGCUCCUACGUCUGCCUGAAGCGGCGCAACCUGGCCGUGGUGCGCAGGCACCCGCUCAGCGCGUCGGGCACCGGCUCCGAGAUCACCAAGCUGUCCGGCUCCAGCCUGGGCAACAUCUCCAUGUUCGAGGGGCUGAAGAUCCCGCGCGCGCACGCCACGGCAGGCAGCACCUCCGGGUCCGACGCGGCGCUCAUCCUGGAGCACUCGGACACGCUGCCCAGCGACUACCCGUCCGAGUCGCCCAGCUCGGCGCACUCGGAGGCGGAGGACGUGGACACGCGCUCGCUGCGCCGCCCCAGCACCGUCAGCUCCGCCGGCUCCGGCUACGAGAACAAGGCGUUCGUGCAGCACGCCGAGGGCGGCUCCAGCUUCUACUCGGAGGCGCAGGUGAACGUGGUGCCGCCCCCGCCUCUCCCAGAGCCCAAAUUCGACGUGUCGGUGCGAGUGAAGCGGGCCGCCCCGUCUCCGCCCGCGCCCACGCCGCCUCCUUCCGACGUCGAGAGCACCAUGAGCAUCCAGGCCCGCAACCUCACCACUAUCCUAGAACAGCGCGAGGGCUCCUUCACCGACAUCCCUCCUCCUGUCUCCAGCGCGACUACCUUCUCCUACGUUCCCGAGCUCCACCCUCCGCCACCACCUGCCAAGUACGCCCAAACCCCACCGGUCUAUUCCCGAAUCCUCCGUCGCCAACAAGAUAUGCACCAGACUCGCGAAAUGACCAACGAGACCCUAUCCCAGAGGUCGAUUCCCGAUAAUGACAACUGGUCUCAGGGAGAAGAUUUUGUCGAUUCCCCGCAGCGCCGCAUGUCCGUCUCCUCUGGUAGGUCGCUGGCGAGCCUCAACACCCUCAAUACUGAGAUGACUGACACGAGAUCGAUGUCCGAAAUUGUCGAUAAUUCUCACAAACGCUUCACCAGCGAGACCAACGUCGCUCCUCCUCCCCCACCACCUCCUCCGAUCGUCCCGUCGAGACACUAUACGAGCGAGUUGGACAUCACGCCUGCUACCACACUGGAACUGAUAGAACCUCCAGUGAUAGCAGAGCCGCGGCCACAGAUCACUUCACACGUCGUCGACGACGUCUUCUUGCGUACUAUCACCGAGAAGCGUACUAUCGAAGACGUGGAGCGCCAUCGUCGCCAAGUGACAGAAUACCACACCAAACCGCAACCACCGGUGAAUCCCAAAUGGGACGUCGUCAUCCGCAACUACCCGGCACCCGGUACGCACACGGGCACUCCCGGAGACGAGUCCGCUCCGGAAUGGGAAAGUUUCUCGGAGGCUUCGUCCGUAUCCGGUGCUCCACUCACGCCUGUAGCCGAACGGCAUCAGGCACAGAUGCAUAUCGAACGCCAGUACACGACCACGUUGGAGGUGCCUCCGAAGGAUCCGACAGUGCCCAACUGGGACGUGCUCAUUCGCGUGCUCAACCCGCCUCCCGUGACCGAAACUACACAGCCACUCGUCUCGGAAGGCCCAGUCGAAACGAGCGAAGCUGUACUCACUAUCGAAGACAGAGAGAAGUGGAGGCAGAUAAUUACUACGGAGUCGACACUACGUACACUUCUCACAGAAGCCACUGUCCGUGAGGAUUACGAGCGUAUCAGAAAAGACCAACGGUACGAGAAGCUAUUCGAGCCGAAGAAGUGGGACGUGAUUAUAAGAGUUCUGACUCCACCAGAGAAGCCCUCUUACGACCAACGCACCUCCAGCUCCUCGAACCAGCGCUACAAGCGCAAAACUGACUGGGAUACGCGCAGCCGGCGUAGCUCGCUCCCGACGCUGUACGAAUACGACUCUGACGGUGGGUCUUCGGUGCGAACGCUCGUCGCCGACACGACUGGGCACCCGGCAGGGCCGGCGCGCUUCAGGAGGCCUUCCAGGUCCAGCGUCAGAUCUGACAUGGACGUCCGCUCCAUGACCGAAGUGAUGGUGGACUUCGCGAGGCCGGACAUAGCAGAUACUCUGAGCGACGCCAGCUCCUAUUACAGGCCCGGGUCGCGGCACUCGGGCACUGCAGGAGUGUCCGACGACGAAGAUUACGGGCCGCACGGCAGUCUGGUUCGCUCUACAAGCCAGCCGUCCCUCGCCCGGUCCGCGUCCGAGUUCACCGAACAGUGGGUGGCGCCCGUGGGCCGAAGGGGCUGGUCUGGUGACGUCAGCAGUCCCGAGCACUCGCCGCGCUCCUCGCGUAGCGCCACCCUGCGCGAACCCAUCACUGCCAGGGAGAUGCUCUUCUCGCGAACCACCGUCAGAGAAACUUACACGAAAGAGUGGUACGGAGAUGCUGACAGCGAAGCGAGCUUCAAAUGAAACAUGACACUAAUCUAGCCGAGUAACGACACACGUCGAUAAAAGAAGGCUUCACAGUACGCAGUAAGAUUUGAGACAAAACUAAUCAAUAAUUCACCAUUUUGAAACAACCGUCUGAAGUGCUACAUGCUAUAAUCAUUGGUUACCGCGUUGAUAGCUGGAAAUAUUUAUCUAUACCCGCCUGCAUCUCGUGACUGCGAGUACACAGUGAACUACUGUGUUGUCAUCAACACACGCAACAAACAUUGUAGGCGGCAUCAAAACUUCGUGUGGACGUAGCAAAGUGGUCUGCGGCAUUCACAAGAAACAGCACAACACAACUUCCUUUUAUCCAAUCUUACAGUGCGCUGGGUGCUACUAUGAACCACUACAACGAAAAGCCGAUAGAUAUUCUUAGACAUUCCGUAGUUUACAUGGAAUUGUUGUGCAACAUUCCAUUUCAUUCCAUUCCAAAAAUAUACUUCUCUCAUAUUCGCAUUUCAGUGUAGUUUAGUCAACUUUACGUUUGUGGUGAAUGUACUAAAAAUGUUUGAGCAGUUUAACCUUCGCUAGUUAAAAAUAGCUUGCAAAUGCAAUUAAUUUUCCUAAAUAUUAUAAUAUAGGAUUCGCCUCUCACAUCGGCCGCAUACUAUAAAUUAGAAUUAGCAGAUGGAACCUGCAGUAAUGAAAGGUUGAAAUCUCGUGUAAAGCGAUCUCGCGCGAUGAUGACAGACAAAAGAAUGUGCCAAAUGGAUGAAAGGAUUCUGAAUAAUUCGAGCAAACCUUGCUUGGAAGUUCCUAUUUCAGUGGAUCUGAUUGUCCUACCAAAAAAACAUUGCAAACCGUAUUAUAACUGACAUUUUUGUUGUAAGAAACGUUUUUCAAACAGCGCUGUUCUUUCACUUGCCAAAACGUGAGCCUUAGUGAGUUACUUGUUCUUUUGUUAAAGACGUUUUGCUGCAGUUCCAACAAUAGAAUAACUGCAGCAUGUAAGUGAAACACUGCUCUUUCAUUGCGAAUGUCAAAUAUGACAUCAUAUACAGCAUUUAAAAUAAAAUGACUUUAAAUGACAUUUUAACCUACUAGAACUCUGAGAGUGGCUUCAGUUUAUUUCAGAACAAUCUGUCAAUUUAACUCAUUUUCAUAUAAAAGUAAGGAAUUAUUAUUUUUUUAACUGGGAAGAAACAGCGCUAAUGAAGAGCUGGUACGUUUUUGCAAUGAAACUAGAAUACUAUGAAAAUCCCUGUUGAUUAUGUUUGUGUUCGAGGACCUGAAUGACUUUCAUAAAGUACUGACGAUCCACAGAAAUGUUGGAAUGGUUCAUGAUGAUAUAAUGUAAUAUUUAAACUCCUACGCUAGCUUUUCAUUUUCCACUCAUUUUAAAUCAGAAGUUAACAUUAUGUACAACAAAAUGAGUGGAACUGGAGAAUUAGCUGCUUUUCUUAUUACAUUUUUGAGAUAGCUUGAAGAUACGAUAUUUAUAGAACUUCAAGUGCGUUAACAAUUAAGAAUAUCACUACUUUUUUAACUUAAAGUAAACUAAGCUAUUUUUCCUAAAUGGUGAAGGAAUAUGGGCUGCAGGUGUGACAAGGACUUUUUAUCUUAGAUUUAUUAAUUAUGAAGUAACGCACCUCUAUUAACGUCAUAAAUUGUUAAAAUCAGACGAUCUUAAACAAAAUUGUUUCUUAAUAUUUGGAUUCUAAAUUAAAUUCCUAAUAAUGUGAAACACUUUGUACUUUUUUAUCGAUUUCUAAAAUAAAGACUGGGGAAUGUGUACAAAAUACA